ACGAACAUCCAAAUUCAUAACCGUUCUAUUCCUAUUUCUGUGGAAUUAUUUGAUAAGUGUGCAUGGAAAUUGCAAAACUUCUCGAGUAUUCCAAAUGGAAAGACAAAUGGAAAGACAAAUGUUUAGCUGUCGCAACGUGAAGUCAGGCGAAAUUAACUCAAUGUUGGAUUUUGUCAUCAGAGAUAAUCAAGCGCCAACCGAUUCCGUGGGAAUGUCACUAUCAAUAAUUUCGUUUCCAACAUCGAUCAGUGAUCGUUUGCCACGAAAAUGGUUAACCGUAAAUAUGACGGUGAAUUAUUUGAGCCUUUAUGAAUUAAAUAUUCGAAGCAUCCAGGAGGGUGCAUUUAAUUCAGAUCAUUUCACCGAAUUGGAAUCAUUAAGCAUUAAAAACACUCCGAUAGGGAUUCUGUAUGAAAAUUCAUUCCUUGGAUUGAUGAAUUUAAAAGAAAUUUUCUUGACCCAUUUGGAACUACACACUAUCCAAGCCAAUGUAUUCGCUCCGAUGCUAAACUUGCAAAAGGUUUUGUUUGAACAUUGUGGCGAUCAUAUAGUAAGUCUGGAUAAUUUCUUCGGAGGAACGGUCCAAAUGUUCCAUUUGAAUGUGGUGGAGAUUUCGAAAUGCAAUUUGAACGACACAAUAACAUCAUCGACAUUUUCGAGUCUGCGUAAUGUUACUGAGCUUUUGCUGCACGAAAAUCAAAUCACCGAAAUUGGACCGCAUUCGUUUGACAUCAUUUUGGCGACAGCCACUAGAAAAUUGAUUGAUCUGCGAGUAAAUAAAUUGAAGACUUUGCCACGGAACAUAUUCAGACAUUCACAGGGUGAAGCCAUAAUUGAUCUCGAUAAAAAUCCAUGGCAUUGUGAUUGCGACAUCGAACCACUACGAAGAUUCAUCAACGAUAAAACAAAUAAUGUGAAAUUAAGCCUCAUCAAAUGCCUAAGUCCACCCAACAAAGCUUUCCGCUUUUUGAACAAACUUGGUCCAAUUUGCAAAUACACCCCGUUUGAAGAUGAGACAUAUCCUUUGUAUUCUCAUCCUUUUGGAGCAGAGACUUUACACGUAUCUUCCAACUAUCACUUAUCACCAUGGCUAAACUUGCAACAGCAAACAUCAAAUGUGGAGCUUACUCUAAAUUCAUCAGCCGUUUCGAAGGGACACUUUGGAAUAAAAUGCUUCAACACCACAUUUUAUCAUCCAUUCAACAAGUUUCGAAGCAGACAUGAGGCAAUUUUGACCAAAUUCGAUCGAAACAGACGUUUGACUGUUCGCAAUGAAAAUGGACAAUUGAUCGUCGAUGUGGAAUUUGAUAACUAUGAUUCAAGUUUUGUGGUUUUUGAGUUAAAUUCUCUGGACAACAGUAGUUUGAGCGAUGUGAAAUUACAAAGUGGUAACAAGGAUAACUUUAAAAAGUCCGCUAAAUGCUUUGUAAAAAAUGUUGAACGAAAACCCUCACUGCUGAAAACUAAACUUGGAAUGACAUUGAAACCUAAUCAUAUGUACCGUUUCUGCUGGAUUAAACGACUUUUCACUUCAAACUUUCCAUCCGAUUGCUUGACAUUUUAUUCCGAGGCAAAGAAUGAACCACUUUCGAAUGAUACAUGGAUCUUGAUGGAAAUGAAUAAAAUGAUCAUUUUUGCUAUUUCGAGUGCAAUUCUUGCUUGCGCAGCAGGCAUUUGGAUCGUCAUUCUUUUGGCCAAUGCCGAAGAUGCAGUUAAAUGUUUUAUCAAAUGAACGAGUUAAAAAGGCAAAAACAGCGAGUGUGACCCAAUAAAUUUUGGUGGGAAUCGGGUUUUUUUUUUUCUCAAUUGAAUUCUUCAUUUUGU